AUGGCGGGCCCGUACCAACCUCUCUCGGCGCCGGUGCCAGCGCCGGUGGUGGUGGUGUCGCCCCAGUUCUGCUCGCCGGACGUGGUGCCGCUGACGGUGACCAAGAAGGUGGCGAGCCUCAGCGGCGGCGACUUCACCGUCACCGACGCCAACGGCGCCGUCGAGCUGCAAGUCAAGGGCAGUUUUUUCACCGUCCGCAACCGACGCGUGCUCCUCGACGUAUUUAGUAUGCACAACAGAUGGGAAGUGUUCAGAGGGGACAGCACCAACGCAAGCGAUUUGCUCUUCACCGUGAAGAGAUCCACACUGAUGCAACUGAGGACAGAGCUGGAUGUGUUCUUGGCCGGGAACACCGCCCAGCAGGCCUGCGAUUUCAGGUUGAAGGGUAGCUACUUCGACAGAAACUGCGCCUUCUACCUUGGCGACUCUGACGUCAUGAGUGCAAAAUCAAUUAAUCUGAUAAGCCGUAAGUACACUGUCUCCAAUGUGCUGCUGGGAAAGGACACGUUCAAUGUCACCGUGUUCGCUCACGUUGACCAUGUCUUCGUCGCGGCUCUCUUUGUGGUUCUGGAUGAGGUUCACAGCAGGGACCGUAACAGAUCGUAG